AAGCAUUUUCACUUAACAACAAUUUAGUACUAUCAAUUGAAAUUGGAAAAACUUUUACUAGUUGGUGCGAUGUUGAACAAUACGUUAAAGCUUAUGCUAUAUCACAAAGUUUUGCAACAAGAUUGGACCGUUCAGAGAAAAGCCUAGGCAUCAUUAUUAGAGCAGACAUUGUUUGUCGUCAUGCUAUAGUUCGUUGGAUUAAUAAUGAAUAUCAUAUAAGAUCUACUAAUCUUGAACAUAACCAUCUUAUGGAUACUGCAGUAACUUCGUUUGAUCCUGGACAUUGCAAAUUAAGUCAUAAUGAAAAGGAUCAAAUAAAUAUACUAUUUAACAGUGGUGUACCAGUUCCAACAAUUAUUAGGAUGUUAAGUGAACAGUAUG